AUGGUGUCCACAUCCUCCUCCAUGUGUUUGGAGAGGUCUCCUAUGGUGCGCCCUCUAGCGGGAAAAUCUCGAACAAACAACGCGUGCGUGUUGUUAGGCUUCAGGUCAGCGGGGGUCACCUCGCAUGACUUCGGUACUUUACUAGGAGGAAAUCUCAAGAUCCUCAAGAAUAUUAUUCUCCAGGAUGGUGCAGAAUUCACAAAGGUGUGGACCAAAUCCUCCAAAACCGCCGUCUCGUAUGAAAGUGGAAGGAUAUAUUUUGAAAAUUACAGAUGCUCCUAUACCAGCCUAACACCCCAGCCGCAGCUCUUGUAUGAGAUGCCGAAACGGUCCAAAGCUGAGAAGAUUGAGGAUUCCUUAUUAUGCCAGUGUCCACUUGAUAAAACACUCCCAUGGGCCUUGGAGCAGAAACCCAGCCUUCUAUCCCUAACAGCUAAUAAUUGGUUGUAUCAUCUCUCAGCCGAUACAGGACAAACACUGCACAGAGUCUACCUCUCACCUCAUUUCAAAUUCAGAUCGCUGGGAUGGGAUGUCUCUCAGGAAACAUUUUAUGUCAAAUCCAUUCAGCAUAAACAGACACCACUCGCACGACAGGCUGGUGUUGAGAACAACGUCCUCAUGCAUUUAGCCAUAUUCCAAGUCUUUCCUCUUGAUGUUAUUGGAGUGCUGGAGAUCAACAAAAAAGUCUUUGGUAAAUCUGUGGUUGAUGUUCUCCUGUCUCAAGGAGUGUUGGCUGUGUCACACAGCUCAAAAUGUGUAAAGCUUUACAGCUUGGAAUAUAUUGUGAAAAAGUUCAGGACUAAGAAGCUGGUACUGGGACAGGAGUGUGAUUUAUAUGGUGCUAGGGGAAUAGUGGGAGAUACUCCCUAUGGCAUUCCAGUCAACAUUCACAUCAAGGAGUGUCCUCCUGCAUUGUUCGAGAUGUCGUACUUGGAUAAUGGGAUCCAGAUCGGAGGCCACCCAUGGCACUACAUCUACACACCUAAUCAUAAAAGACACAGGGGGACACACCACAUCUGCUCCAUCAUUGAUGGUGCCUUGGCAAAGAAUGGUGUGCAGGAUAUGAAGUGUGACUCACUAGAAGAAGAUUGGAUCUUCUUCCACCCUGAUGACUCGGGCAGGAUUAUCCAUGCUGGGCCCAGUACCAUAAAAGUUCUGAAAAUCAAAGCAGAAAAAGAAUUCAGUUCAAAGUAUGAGGUUGUCUGUGACUUCUCUAUUAUAGCAUCCAGAGAAGACGGCGCCUCCCAAGUGACAGUGACCUCCUCUGGCCGAACAGUGAAGAAAAGAAUUCAGCAGCUGGAAGAUGAUCCUGAUCAAGAGACAUUUAAGAUGGUUAAAUAUGAAGAUGAGCUGGACCUGUUAGCCAUUGUGGAUGUCAGUCACAUAGAAGAUGAGGGACAAGCCAGUGUUCGCCUCCACAACAAUAAAAGUGGAGCGUUGCUGAAAAAAAUUCCACUUCAGGAACCAUGGGAUGUGACUUACAGUCAUGAAGUCUACUUCGACAGGGACACGAUAAUUCACAUCGAACAAGAGAGGAACAACAACUACUCUUGCCAUGUCUAUAAGAUAAAACGAAGGACAAACUGAUGACCCUGUGGACACAAAUACAGAACAC